AUGCCACAACCCGACCUCAGCACCAUAUCUUCGAGAAUCGCCACCGUCAACCAUCUCUACCAAAUCCACGCGCACCUCGUCCGGCGUGCCCUGCACAGCCAUGAUCCCUGGCUGCCGCGCCUCGUUGCCCUGUGCACGCGCCUCCGAGCGCCGCCGCCGUACGCCCGCCGGAUUCUCAACUCAGCCGCCCACCCUGGCGCCUCCGCCUUCACCAACAUGCUCAGGUAUUACUCCAACUGUGGCUCAGAUCUGGAUGUACUCUCGUUGUUUCGGGAAAUGCAAAAACGCUGCUUGAAACCCGACGAUAUUUCUGUGUAUGCAAUACUAGUCAAAGUCUCAGGAAAGAGUGGGAUUUUUUUCCAUUCUGGACUGAUUAAGACGGGAUGUGAUCGGGAAAAGUACACUUGCAACGCCUUGAUCACUUUUUACGGGAAAUACGGGCCAAUUGAGUCGGCCCGCCAGGUGUUUGAUGAAUUGCCUGAAAGAAGCGCCCCCAAUUGGAACGCGAUUAUUUCGGGCUACUGGAAUUGGGGCCUCGAAUUUGAGGCCAAAAGAUUAUUCAAUUUGAUGCCGGUGAAGAACGUGAUCACUUGGACCACCAUGAUCACAGGCUAUUCGAAAAUAAAAGACCUGGAGAGUGCCCGGAACUAUUUUGAUAGGAUGCCUGAAAAAAAUGUGGUCUCGUGGAAUGCAAUGCUCUCGGGGUACUCGCAAAACGGGUGUCCAGAAGUGGCUCUUGAUUUGUUCCGCGAGAUGGUGAAUGCCGGGGUCUGCCCGAAUGGGACCACGUGGGUCAAUGUGAUCUCUUCAUGUUCGUCCCAAGGCGAUCUUGGGCUUGCAAACUCGGUGGUGAAAAUGCUUGACGAGAGAAAAAUUAGGACGGACACGUAUGUGAAGACCGCACUUCUUGAUUUGUAUGCCAAGUGUGGGCGUCUGGAGAUGGCUCUAAAGAUAUUUAAUGAACUGGGCAUGUGUAGAAAUUUAGUUACAUGGAAUUCUAUGAUUUCGGCUUACAUGAGGGUCGGAGACUUAGUUGGAGCAAGAGGGCUCUUUGAUCGGAUGCCCGAAAAGGAUGUCGUGUCCUGGAACUCGAUGAUUGCGGGUUACGCGCAAAACGGGCAAUCACAAUUGGCUAUUGAGCUUUUCAAAGAAAUGGUUGAGAAGGGUACCAUGAUGCCUGAUGAAUUGACCAUGACAAGUGUGAUAUCAGCUUGCGGUCAUUUGGGGGCCUUAGAACUCAGCAACUGGGUUCUGGAGAUAAUUACUGCAAACGGAAUAAAGUUGAGUGUUCCUAUUUACAAUUCUUUGAUAUUUAUGUACUCUAGGUGUGGAAGCAUGGAUAAAGCUCAUAUGAUAUUUUAUGAAAUGGACACGAGAGACGUGGUAUCGUAUAAUGCCUUGAUCACGGGCGUUGCUUCUCAUGGAAUUGGCACUGAAGCCCUUGAACUUCUGCAAAGAAUGAAAGACGAAGGCCUCGGGCCCGACCGGAUCACGUAUAUAGGUGUUUUAAUGGCAUGCAGUCAUUCGGGGAUGCUAGAUGAGGGCAAACAGGUGUUUGAGUCAAUUGAAUGCCCAGAUACAGACCACUACUCAUGCCUGGUUGAUUUACUUGGGCGUGUGGGGAAACUCGACGAUGCCAAAAGAAUAGUCGAGAAAAUGCCUGUGAACCCCAGCCCGGAAAUCUAUGGAUCCCUACUGAAUGCCAGCCGGAUACACAAAAGACUCGAUAUCGGUGAAUUCGCAGCACACAAGCUUCUCGAGCUGGAGCCGGAAAAUUUGGGGAAUUACAUUUUGCUCUCCAACUUGUACGCGUCCUUAGGGAAAUGGGAAAAUGUUGAGAAAACCAGAAAAUUGAUAAAAACAAGAGGGCUGAUGAAGAAAGCUGGAUGGAGCCGGGUCGAGCACGGUGGGAGGAUGCACGAGUUUACAGCUGGGGCCCGGUCGCACGAGCAGACGGCUGAGAUUUACAGUAAACUGGCAGAGUUGAAGGAGAAAUUGCGGGGUUUAGGGUAUAUAGCUGAUAAAGGCAGUGUGUUGAGAGAUGUUGAGGAUGAAGAUAAAGAGGAGAUGGUGGGGACCCACAGCGAGAAAUUGGCAGUUGCUUUUGGUCUGCUUGUAGGGGUUCCUGGAAGUGUUAUGAGGGUGGUGAAGAACUUAAGGAUCUGUUUGGAUUGUCAUACGUUUAUAAAGAUGAUCUCGAAGAUAGAGGGAAGGGAGAUAAUGGUGAGGGAUAACAAUAGGUUUCAUUAUUUUAAGGACAACGCUUGCUCGUGUAAUGACUAUUGGUAG